AUGGUUGGGUUUGGCUGGGAAAAGAAUCAUGGUGAAAUUAAUGAUAGAGCUAAUUUUCCAAUUCAUCAUGGUAUAAUCAAGUAUUGGGACGAAUUUGAAUCAUUUAUGCAAUAUAUCUUUGAAAAAGAGUACCAAGUGGAUUCUAAAGACCAAAAGGUAUUGUUAAGUGAGAGUCCAUACAACUCAAAUGACAACAGAAACCGAUUAAAUGAAAUAAUGUUUGAAAAGUUUAAUUUGGAUCAAUUGAAUGUAACACCAACUCAUAGACUCACUCUUUAUGCUACUGGUAAUACCACAGGUACCGUGGUCGAGUGUGGUGGUGGUAUAUCUUACUCGAUUCCUGUUUUCGAAGAUCUUGUAAAUGGAGGCCAAAUAGAGAUGAUACCAAGCUACAAUCUAGGAUUUGGAGGUCACCAUUUAACCAGGUAUCUUAAAUCUUUAUUGCUUAAUGACAGUGCAUCUUCCAAUGUAGAUAUCCCAUACGAAUACGCCAGAGAAAUCAAAGAAAAGAUAGGAUAUGUAUCAAAUCACUUCAAAGAGGAAAUGAAUAGUCCACCCGAAUUCCAUUCAUAUCAAUUACCCGAUGGAAAUACAAUAGAGAUUGGCAGCGAAAGAUUUUGUUGUGCCGAACCUUUAUUUCAUCCAUUGCUCAUAAACUACAAUAAUAUGGGCAUUCACAAAAUUGUGUACGAUUCAAUUUUAAAGUGCGGCGAAACAUUUCAAAAACCAUUGUUUGAAAAAAUAAUUUUAGGAGGUGGUACGUCCCUAUUCAAAGGUUUUACCACACGUCUCAAUAACGAAUUGCAAAAUCUAAUAUCAGCAACACCAGCCUCACCCUUUUCAAACUCGGUCAAAAUCAUUGCACCAGAGAACAGAGGUUUGGCCUCGUGGUUAGGUGGUUCCAUAAAAGCAAGCUCCGACAGUAUCUUCCAAUCAAACUUAAUUACAAAAAAGCAAUAUGAAGAAAGGGGUCACAUUCACACCAGCAAUUUAUAUGUGCAACAAUAA